AUGGUGCUUCUGUCCGGGGGUCGGAAAGAGGGCCGAGAAAGCCGGAGCCCCGCCGCGGAGAGGCAGCUCCAAGUUGGGUCGCUCGGAGGAGCCCCGGGAGACGAGAAGGCGGAGGGGGGAGAGAGUCCCGGGGGGAGCGGAGGGAUUGAGCCAAGCAGCCCCGCCGAGCGAGCGAGCGGAGAGGGCGAGGGGGAGGAGGAGGAGGAGGAGUGGGACGAUAAGGACGAGGAGUACGAAGACUUCUCGGAUCUCCCGGACACGCGGAGCAUCGCUUCAGACGACUCCUUCUACCCGCCCCGAGAGGAGGACGACGGCGAGGAGGAGGAGGAGGAGGAGGACGGCGAAUCGGAACUUCCCGACGGCCAGCAGCCGCUCAGCCUCUUCCGCGCUUGCUGCACCAACAACGCCGCCGUCGUGCGGGCGCUCAUUCGGCAGGGGCUCCGGGACGAGGACGUGAAGGAGACGGACCGAGGAGAGAGGACUGGUCUUAUUGUCGCCUACCAAGGCUACGUGGAUAUUGUAAUAGCCUUAGCACAGUGUCCUCAUAUGGAUGUAAACUGGCAGGACAACGAAGGGAAUACAGCUCUAAUUACAGCGGCUCAGGCAGGACAUAUUACCAUUACACAAUAUUUACUCAACUAUUAUUCCGAUCUUGAUAUUGAGAAAAGGAAUACAUUUGGAUUUACUGCACUUAUGAAAUCCGCAAUGCAAGGACGGAGUGAAUGUGCCAGAGCCUUAAUAUUAGCAGGAGCAAAUAUUAAUGCAACAGAUCCAGGUCGUGGAUUCACUCCUCUGGAAUGGGCAUGUUUCACAGGAAGAAUAGAAUCUGCAUAUCUUAUACAAAGACUUAUGGAUAAACCAUGUGCUGAGCAAUUUUGUGAUCAGUAUUUGCUCGAAUGGCCGAAGUUGAAGGAACUCCUUGCUAAGGCUCCAGGUUCAAAAACUUGCUUGCAGAAGAUCUCAGAAACUUUGAGAUCCAUUGUAGAUUUCAGAACUUUCCACGGUCCUGAAGAAGAUGGAGUCCUCGACCACAUGGUUAGAACAACGACAAGUUUAAGAAGCUCCUUCGUUGCAACAGCUUGCAGGACUGUGUGCCCUGAAAGUCCUCCUGCUGUAGGGAAACGAAGGCCGGCUGUGCAAGAAAUUCUUAGGAAACAAAGAGCUAAAGAACUUCAAACUUUGGAGAACGGGGACCAUUUUAACAGCUACAAGAAGCUGUUUCAGAAUUCCAGAAUUACACUAGUGUCCAAAACGAAGGAACGGAGAGCCAGCCUGCAGCCUUCCCAUUUAAAUAGGCCCCAGGACAACGUUAUGGUUCGAAGGAAAGCCAGCCUGUUGCCACUGCAUCUGUUAAGGAGAAGCAGUGUUCGUCCUGGGCUUGCCAUCCCCAGAGUCCGUAUAAGUAAGGCGCCUCGGCCCACCUACCAGCCGGAGAAAGUGCAACGGAAAAAUAACGCCAGUGAUGGGACUUACUUGGAGAUUCCCAAAUGGAGAUAUAAGGAGCUGAAGGAACAAAGGAAGAAGGCUGAAGAAGAAAAGAAAAAAGCCGAAACUCUACAGAAACCCACAUCACCAUCUGUUCAGAAGAAAAGGACUUAA